AUGCUGAUCUUUCUUGUCAACCAGUUGCAACAAGAAUGGAAGCUCUAUUCUCAUCGCUCUCAACUACCACCGGGACCUAACGCCAUCAAAACCGGCAUAAGGAAGCCAUGGAUCUGGUUCCAGGAGCUGAGCAAGGAGUAUGGUGACGUUGUAUAUCUCCAGCUGGGACCGACACCAACCAUCGUCUUGGGUUCUGCCCAGGCAGCUUGGGAUCUUCUCGAGAAAAAGGGAGCCAUCUUCUCAUCUCGACCGCGCUUCAUAAUGGGCGGUGAACUCUUAUCCGGCGGCAUGAGGGGGCUUAUGGCCCCUUACUCACCUUUCUGGAGGCGGUGGCGUAAGCUCCUCCACAGCGGCUUCAUGCAAAGACAAAGCGAGACGUAUCGACCAAUUCAGAAUCUCGAGUCAAAGGUCCUUAUGCAUGAGCUUCUCACGACCCCUAAUGAUUUCAGGAAGCACCUAGAGAGAUAUGCGGCUUCAGUCAUUGUGACAGUCACGUAUGGGAGAAGGGUUGAAGAUGUUUCGACUGACAUUGUUGUCCAACGAAAUGCCGAGUCCAUGGGACGACUAACUUCAGUCAAUAUCCCCGGCAAGUUUGUGGUCGAACGGUACCCGGUACUCAAAUAUCUUCCAACCUUCUUGGCCCCGUGGAAGGCCGAAGUCUUGAGACAAAGACAAAAGGACAUCCAUCUUUAUACAGAGCUCAUGGAUGCAGUUCGAGACAAGGUUGCGAAAGGCACGGCACCCUUUUGUUUUGCGAAACACCUCUUACAAGAGCAGGAGAGCCUCGGUAUGACGGAUCUCGAGAUUGCUUACACGGCAGGAUCACCAUUCGGGGCGGGUGUUGAGACUUCGGCUGGGUCUCUAGCAAGCUUCCUUUUGGCAUGCGUCAAGUUUGGGCCCCGAUUCAUACCAAAAGCUCAACAAGAACUUGACAGAAUCAUUGGGAGUGGACGACUCCCAGCCUUUGAAGAUUUAGACAGACUCGAGUACAUUCGGGCUAUAGCGUCAGAGACUUUACGUUGGAGACCGGUCGCGGUUCUCGGAGGCACUCCUCAUGCAAGCACGGCAGAUUGCAUAUACAAAGAUAUGUUUAUACCAAAGGGAAGCACCGUAAUUGCGCCUCUAUGGACCAUCCACCUCAACGAGGUAGACUUUCCAGAACCACACGAGUUCAGACCGGAGCGAUUUACGGAGCAUCGAGAAUACCCAGGUACAUUCGGUCACAGUGCUUUCGGUUGGGGUCGUCGCAUCUGUCCCGGCAUGCACCUUGGCUCUGCAUCCGUAAUAUUAAACAUUGCGCGGAUACUUUGGGCAUUUACGGUCAACCCUGCCAAAGACGAGGAAGACAGAGAUAUUGACGUUGAUAUGUACGUGUAUGAUCAAAUUUAG